GAUUAUUUCGAUCAAUUUGAUUGUGCGUUUUAAUUAAAUCUUGUUGUAAUUGUUUUAAUUCGUGCGUACGAUGUUCGAUAAAAAUAUCUUUGAGAUAGAAACGGAGGAUUCUGAUUGGUCAAUUCAUUUUGACACUCUUGAGUAAAAUUUUUGAACGCACCCUAAAGAAUACGUCAUGUCUUUUUGUGAUGUGUCUGUAACCUAAAAAUGGGGGACCUGUCAAGUUGGGAAGAUAUAGAAAAUGAUGAAUUUUUCAAACAACUUUUGACAGCUGAUUCCAAAAAAUCUGACAUUGGUCAGCUGUUAUCAGUAGCUCAACAAUUAAACAAGCUAGGACAGGCUAUUGAGGUGUUAAAUGCCGAGUUACAAAGACAAGUACUCGCCAAUCAUGAGGAUUUAUUAUCUCAAGCAACGUGGGUUGAAAAGUUGGAAGGAGUGCUUUUUAUAAUACAGUCUCACAUACAGAGUCUUUUGUCGGCAGUUGAAAGAUUACGUGGGAAAAUUGUUGAUCCAUUUAAUAGAAUCGAGAUGCAAACAAUUGUGCUGGCACGGCUUCAUGAGACUUCUGAUCUUCUAAGAAGAGUCGCCAGAAUGCAACAUUUAUCGAAGCGUUUGAAUUCUCAAAUGAGCAGUAUCACUCAAGGACCAGAUAUUGUUAAAGCUGCCAACAGUUUGCAUGAACUUGAACAAUUAAUGGCAGACACCGAUCUUAAUGGCUUAGAUGUAAUCGCGGAUGACCAACUAGCUGUAAAAGCUCAGAGAGCUACUGUACAAAGAAUAGCCACUCAUACAUUAACGCAAGGUUUACAGGCGAUGGACAGGACAAAGGUAAGCACAGCUGUGCAGGUCUUUCAAAACUUGGGAAUAAUUGAUGGAGCUGUGGACACAACUAUAGAGUCUACUCUUUUCGACAUAGAAAGAAUUUCUACAGAAUCACUAGACGUAUCGUUGAUGACAAAUCAGGAUUUUGGUAAACGUGGAGCGCCCGGCAGAGCUGCGAUUCCGUCACCUGGAUCGUCUGGAAAUUUACGUACUAAAAUCUGGGAAAAUCUCGAACGUCUUUUUCAAGAUACUUUAUAUACACAAUGUCUACAGAUCGAGUUGCUACAAAGAGUAUUGUUGGAACAACAUGCAAAGGGUUUCCACAAUUUAUCUGAAAAAUUUUGGGACAAUGUGAACGCUCUUCUCGCAAAAGUCUUGAUUGAACGUGCUCAAGGAUCGUCAUUUGUCAAACAGGCUCUGGAAGGAGAAUAUCCAAAAUUUUUAAGAAUUUUUCUGGACUUGAGUAAGCGCUUGAAAGAAAGAUCUCACAGUAUUGGGAUUUACGGUAUUGAUCGCAAUGUUUUAUUACCGUUUGAAAAUGCAUAUUUAUCGCGUUCGGUAUCUCGUCUUCUGGAUCCAGUGCACAAUAUGUUUUCUGGAGAGGGUUUACCUACGCAUGAUGAAAUUGACAGUCUUAUUCGUACGAUUACAAAUGAAUUAAGUGUAUCACUGGUGGACGAUGGACUCUCAACCGUAGUAUCUCGUAAUGUAGGAAAAGCAAUAAGAUUAUUCUGUUUGAAAUGCGAGCAGAGUGUUGUGACUGGUGGCGAAGCCAGUCAAGUAAUAGAUUCUCCUACUCCUGGUCAGCAGACAAAUAUUACGCUUGCGAAUCUGCUGUAUUAUCUCGCGAACCAGACGAAUCGCGUGAUAGCGAAUCUAUCCGGAGGAUUAUCCUCCGAAGGAAGCGCUAUUAUUUCCACAGCACUCAGAGAAACAGACGUUUUAACGAAGAAUAUCCUCGCUCCGUUGUUGACUUCCAUUAGCGAUGCAAUCGAAAGCAUCAUCUUGACGAUGCACGAUGAUCCUGAAUUCAGAGACACGAGUAGCCCUCUAGGAAAAGAAAUCGGCUGUUCCCUUUACAUUCGAGAAUUACAAGGUUUCAUUAUACGAUCUGUGAAUACAUUCUUAUUACCAUACAAAAAUCAAAUAGUUGUAGCAGAAAGCUGCAAAACCGUCGCAUCAAGAUGCAUAGAGUUAUUUGUACGCCAUGCCUGCUUAUUAAGACCUCUGACUGAUUUUGGGAGAACAAAACUUCUGGCAGAUUUCGCUCAGAUGGAAGUAGCCGUGACACCACUGUGUCGCGGUGGCCAGAUGAGUCUGCUCGAGCAACAGCAAUACAGAACUUUGCGAGCGCUAAAAACCCUAAUUCCUCUCAAUCACGAGGAGAUGGUGGACAAAAUUUUGGAAGGACAAGGUGAGAGCAGCGUGCCGCCGUCCCUUAUUCUUCUGCAUCUGUUUUCCGGUGCACCGCCCGAGCUAGCGUCGCCGCAUCAGAGCGCUGGAUGGUCUAUAGGUCGAUUAUCACAGUGGAUGGACAAUCAUCCGAGCGAAAGAGAUAGAUUAACUCUAUGCAGUGGACCAUUGGAACGUUAUCAAUUGAUAGUUCGACAACAAAACCUUCCGUCAUUCCAUCCUAUAUUCCCACAGAUGAUGAAAUUGGCUAAUUUGAGAGAACCUUCGAGUCAAUAAAAGGUAUAUCACAUACAUUAUCAUAUUAGCAAAAUGUACAUAUAUUUUUCCUUUCUAUAAAAAAAUAAUUUUUUUUAUUCUGUACAAAUUAUAUAAAAUAAGCUUUUAAUAUUCAUUGUAUACAUUGUACAGUAUAAACUAAAUAAUAAUGCUAUGAAACAAUAUAAUAUAAUGUUCACUGAUAUAAAAUUUGUUCAGUAAAGAGAAAAAAGAUAUUGAAAAAAAUAUUAUAUUUCUAUGUACUAUAAAUAUUCCAUAAUCUUUGCAUGUACAUAUGUUGAUUUAUACAAGUACAACCCUACUAUUAGUGUAACGCUUAAUGGUACAGUCCAAUUGGAUUUAUUUUCUUUAGGACCAAUAUAAAUUGCCGGUACACUGACAUCAUCUUUUUGAUCAAUCUACAAGUAAAAAUAUAAAUGAACACUAAAUAAUGAUAAAAUAGUUUUAAAUAUUAGCUUUAUAUUAUAUACCUUUUGUGCUAAUUUUUUGAAGCGAAUUAUUUCGUUCUUCAAAUUUUUCAAAUUUUUUUUAGUUGCUCUCAGUUCUUUCUCAUAUUGUAAUGUGAGCGAAGGAGAAAGUUGAAUAUUUUCGUUUGCAGCUUUUAUCAAAUUAUUUUUUAUAUAUUGAAAGCUGGCACCUAUUACAGCAAUCCUAUCCUUUACAUUUGCCAGUAAUAUUACAUUAUCAUAAACACUGAAACUAUGUGUACACAUACAAUUAUUUUGUAUACUCUAAUCAAAAUAUUGAGAAAAUAUGAAACUUA